UUAAUUGAAUUAGAAAAACGAAAAGCUGCCUAAUUGCUUAAUAUUGUCAUAGUACGAUUAUUAUAUUUUAUUUUACUGUAUAAUUAAAAAUAUUUGUUGAUUAAUCAGAUACAAAUAAAGGUCAUGAUGUCUAUGACAAACUAUUUGUCGUUAUCCAUAGCCUUUUUAGGUUUGUGUGUUAUUUUAUCGGCUGAUCAUUUUGUAAGAGCUAAUGAAAAUGAUGCUGAAAGCAUAACGAAAAUUGGACAAGGCAUGGGGCACAUUAUGAACAUUUAUUAUUGUUAUUCCUGUGGCUACAGAAAAGUGUUUGAAGACUAUGCUGGCAUAAUCCACCAAAAAUAUCCUGAAAUUUCUGUUAUUGGUGCAAACUAUGACCCACCUGGCUUAAACAUGUACCUAUCUAGAUUUAUUGGCUUAGGCAAGAUGUUGUUAAUCAUGUGCAUCCUCAGUGGCGUAAACAUCUUUGCUUGGUUGAACAAACCUCAGCCCAGCUGGUGGAGUUGGUGUUUAGAGAACAAGCUAUAUGCCUGCAUGAUGAUGUUCUUUUUGGCCAACAUGAUUGAAGGACAACUGGUUUCAUCUGGCGCAUUUGAAAUAUCUCUCAACAAUAUUCCACUUUGGUCAAAACUAGAAACUGGUAGAAUUCCACAGCCUCCUGAAUUGUUCCAAAUCAUUGAUAAUACUUUGCAGUUUUCUAAAAUGGAUAUGCCAAACAAUAAUUACGUACAAUAGUGUUAGUGUUAUGUUGUAGUAACAUGGUUAUGGUUGGGUUACAAACGGAUCAUAAAGUGAUUCUUAAUUUUUCUUAUUUUACCAUUUAAAAAUAAAUACCUAUAACUUUGUUAAUAAACAUAUUAAGUAUCCGCAUAUAUUUGAUUAAUUGAACUCUACAGUGUACAGUACAAAUAAUUUUUCAUGAGCAUUGUUUUCAAA